AUGACCGAGGUCCAGGAGCCGACGCCGCCUCAGAAUAUCCAGCAUGAAGAUGACCCGCAGCGAGGGCGUCGCCGAAGCCGCUCUCCUGACAAGGAUAUCGAUGGCAAUGAGAGUGACCAGGCAGGCGACGGUGACACCAAAAACGGAAAUUCAUCAAACUCGGAUGGUCCCGUAAGAAAGCGGAGACGGAGUCGCAAAGGUUUGGAUAAGAAAUUCGAAUGUCCUACUGAGGGAUGCGAUCGCCAUACUGCGAAAGGGUCUGCGCUGAAUCGGAAAGAUUCUUUGAUUAGCCAGUCUUCUCCCGUCGACAACGUAAGACCUCCGUACCCUACGCCUAGUGCCGUUUCCCCCGAUUCCGAUAGACUCGGGCCAAGCUAUACUCAAGGACGCGGAGCUCACUAUGAAUACCAGUCACCAAAAGAUACUAUCGGCACCCCUUAUACUCCGAUAUCAAAUACACCACCCGCGAACUUUUCUCAUGUCGGUCAUCCAAACGGAGUUGACGGUUAUAUGCAUCAUGAGCAGGGUUAUUCUGCUCCUCAUGGUGCGCGACAUCCGCACCACUCCCCUUCAGGCCCUCCACGACCGACAAUCCAAACCGGCGUCGGUGCCCCUUACGGCGUUUUAUCGCCAGUUCCCACGCAACACGGUAGCUAUCAUGGGCAUCUCGCUAAUACCCCUCAGUCUGCCCCAACGAUGCCAUACGUCACCCAGCAAAAUUUAACACCUUUUACCUUACCCCCUUCAGAUUUUGCGACAACAACUGCUGGUAACAUGCCAAGGGAAUCUGGGCAAGCUUAUGCACCACAAAAUUCUAACGAUUAUGAUCAUUCGCAUUCUCAAUCGAAUGGUGAAAUGGUGCUGCUGGAUCAGAUGGCAACGCAAACUACCAUUCCAAUUUUUGGUAGUGACGGCGUCUUGAAUAAGUCCCCAUACGUUGCUAUUCCCGAAGACUUUUUUGCGUAUCUCUUUAAUACCAAUGAUCCUAACGGGUCACCACAGGUGGGCCAUGUAAUGCCACCAAAUCAAUACGCUAACUAUGCGGAGCAUCAAUAUGGCAUGCCGUAUUACGAAAGUGCAUCUCUGGGAUAUUUUCCGCCGUCUAACCAACCACAGCAGGUCAUGGCUGUCACAAAUCUUCUUGACCCGAACCUCCCGGAGUCGCUCUUAUCUGAAGAAAAGAGCCAAGAGAUUUUUGACUUUAUUAAAGAGAGGUUCCACGAGAACGAUCAUGCGCCAGUGGAGCGCCAACGAGAAAGCAUAUUAGAAGGUGAUAGGAGUGAUGAGAACCAUAUGUUAAGCCGAAAGAUGAUGCAGCAGUAUAUAGGUUCUUACUGGGUUCACUUCAGCGAUCAGAUACCCAUUCUCCACAAACCGACGUUUUCGCCAGAUAGGACGCCGAAUUUGUUGUUAAUAGCAGUGAUGGCAAUAGGUGCUGCCUGUCUAGAUAGAACGCACGGGCCGAAGGUCAUCAUGGCUGGAUCUCAACUCUCUAACUUCCUUGCGUGGCACCUAAGGUGGGAAAUAUUCAUGGACGUGAAUUGCCGACCGCCGGCGAAGAUCUGGGCCUUUCAGACUCUGUUAUUAUUGGAGCUUUAUGAGAAGAUGUACUCAACAAGGGAGCUUCAUGAACGAGCACACAUCCACCAUGCGACUACCAUUACGCUUAUGCGGAGAGGGAGGGCUCUAAUUGGGAAAUCUGCUCUCGACUCACCGCCAAAUCCACGAGAUGAGAAAUCGGGAGCAAAUAGUUCUCGGCAUUCUUCUACUUCGGGGCUCGCGCAUACGCCGGAUGAGUGGUGGAACCACUGGAUAACGAACGAGACUACCAGACGUGCAGCGUUUGCGGCGUUUCUUAUCGAUUCGAUUCAUGCUACGAUGUUUGGGCAUUCGACCGUGAUGGUGGCACACGAAAUGCGUUUGCCCCUCCCUUGUGACGAUCAGCUAUGGAAGGCUACAAGCGGCGCUGAGGUUGGUAGGAUCGAGGCGAAUCUCAUGUCUAAUGGGAUUAAACCCAUCUCAUUCCUCGAAGGACUCAAGCGGACUCUUGCGGGGCAUGAAGUACAGACGAAUCCUUUCGGCCGACAGAUCCUCAUGGCAGGUUUGCUAAGCGUGAGUUGGCAUAUGAACCAACGUGACCUGCAAGUCAGCUCGCUCGGCGGCGGCGUGCAACAAGCGCUUGGGGGUCGUGACAAAUGGCGAUCAACACUUACGAAAGCGUUCGACUCGUGGAAGACAGACUUCGACAAGUCGCUACAACGCGCUGAUACGGUGGUCGAUCCGUAUAGCUACGACAAGCGGAACGAAGCUAAUGUGGUAUUCGAAAGUAGGACAGUGUUACAUCAUCUAGCACAUAUGGCAAUGCACGUGGACAUCGUCGACUGUCAGAUAUUUGCUCGCGCCAAACGCCUGCUUGGUAGGGCGAUCGGUACACAAGAUUUAAAUAGCGCGCAGCGUCGAAUGAAGGACCUCUGGGCGCCGUCUGCAAAAGCUCGCGAUGCCACAUUUUACGCUGCUAAAUUCCUAUGCUCAGUUCUGCUCCCUGAAAAUGCAGGAUCGCCUUCGGAGGGUUAUAGCCACCAAUCGGGUAUCUUGAUGUAUCUAGCCAGAGACGACGUCCUCCUGAACCGGCCAUGGGUGCUCUACUUCGCAGCAUUGGUUGUAUGGUGUUACGGUUUCGCGCUGGAGGGCCCCUGUCCCGGAGUUCCCAUUCCGAAUACUACCGAGGAGAAAAUGAGCCAGAUGCGCGAGUACCUAUUGAGAGUUGGUUCGGUGGCUUCGCCGGAAGAUCUCAAGGGCAUGAGGGGUGUCAACAACAACAGUACUCUACUCAUAGUUCUUAAGGACUCGUUUGAAUCGACGCGGUGGGAGCUACUGCACGAAGGAGCAACACUACUGAGCAAUUGUAUCCAGCUCAACAGUGGUGCAACCGUGGUCUAG